GAAUCAGCAUUGAAGGUUCUGGGGACAGAUGGUCUCUUUCUCUUUUCCUCGCUGGACACUGACCAGGAUAUGUACAUCAGCCCGGAGGAAUUCAAACCCAUUGCAGAGAAACUGACAGGGUCAGUUCCUGCGGCCAGCUACGAGGAGGAGGAACUGCACCAUGACCCCAGUGAGGAGACUCUUACAAUAGAAGCCCGAUUCCAGCCUCUGCUCACAGAGACCAUGACCAAGAGCAAAGAUGGCUUCCUAGGGGUCUCUCGCCUUGCUCUGUCAGGCCUCCGCAACUGGACAACUGCAGCCUCACCAACUGCAGAGUUUGCUGCCCGCCACUUCCGGGCCUUCCUGCCCCCUCCAGGUCAGGAGCUGGGCCAGCCCUGGUGGAUUAUCCCUGGUGAGCUGAGUGUCUUCACAGGCUAUCUGUCCAACAACCGCUUCUACCCACCGCCGCCCAAGGACAAGGAGGUCAUCAUCCACCGGCUUCUGAGCAUGUUUCAUCCACGCCCCUUCGUGAAGACCCGCUUUGCCCCUCAGGGCACCGUGGCCUGCCUAACUGCCAUCAGCGACUCCUACUACACUGUGAUGUUCCGGAUCCACGCUGAGUUCCAGCUCAGUGAGCCACCUGAUUUCCCCUUCUGGUUCUCUCCGGGCCAGUUCACUGGCCAUAUCAUCCUGUCCAAAGAUGCUACACACAUUCGUGACUUCCGGCUUUUCGUGCCCAAUCACAGGUCCCUGAAUGUUGACAUGGAGUGGCUGUAUGGGGCCAGUGAGACCAGCAACAUGGAGGUGGACAUCGGCUACAUACCCCAGAUGGAGCUGGAAGCCAUGGGCCCCUCAGUGCCCUCUGUGAUCCUGGAUGAGGAUGGCAACAUGAUUGACAGCCGCCUGCCCUCAGGAGAACCCCUCCAGUUUGUGUUUGAGGAGAUCAAAUGGCACCAGGAGCUGAGCUGGGAGGAAGCUGCCAGGCGCCUAGAGGUGGCCAUGUACCCUUUCAAGAAGGUCAGCUACCUGCCAUUCACGGAAGCCUUUGACAGGGCCAAGGCGGAGAACAAACUUGUGCAUUCCAUCUUGCUGUGGGGGGCCCUGGAUGACCAGUCCUGCUGAGGUUCGGGGCGGACUCUCCGGGAGACCGUCCUGGAAAGCCCGCCCAUCCUCACGCUCCUCAAUGAGAGCUUCAUCAGUACCUGGUCCCUGGUAAAGGAACUGGAAGACCUACAGAGCCAGCAGGAGAACGCGCUCCACAGACAGCUGGCAGGCUUGCAUCUGGAGAAGUACAGCUUCCCUGUGGAAAUGAUGGUCUGUCUGCCCAUCAGGACUGUGGUCCACCACAUCAACGCCAACUACUUCCUGGACAUCACCUCCAUGAAGCCUGAAGACCUGGACAACAAAGUAUUCAGCUUCUCCUCGACCUUUGAGGACCCGUCCACAGCCACCUACAUGCAGUUCCUGAGGGAGGGACUCCGGCGUGGCCUGCCCCUCCUGGAGCCCUAGUGUGCUUAGUCCUAGAGAAACUGGACCUGGUGAGACAGGCAGACAGGUUCCACACGUCCUGGAGCCAUAGUGCCCUCUGUCCAUUUCGCUCUGGAAAUGGUCCCCACCUCAUUCCCAGGCUUCCUAGAGAGCUCCAAGGCCAACUGAGGCUGCUCCCCUCACCUGGCCUGAAUGAUGGUGGUAGAUGAAGGGGCCCGGAUGAGCGUGUAAGUGAGCCAAAGGCCUGUUACCACUAUCAGCUCAAGUCCCCCCAUACAUUCUGGGGUGAUCUCUGUGGACCUUCCCACACAGUGACAGAGUUCAGGGCCUCAGUGUGAAGAAUAAGGAAUAGGCUGGAAAGACAGACUCCCCUUCUUUCUUGGUGUCCCCUCUCACGCCAAAGGAAUCUAAGAGCUUGGGCCUGGGGGCCAGGCUGCCAGCCCCAUGCCUGUUUGGAGCCUUCAAUCCUGACCAUCCCCCAGGCAGCUUUCUGUGGCCAGUGCCCCCAGCUUGGGGGUCAAUGUCAGCUGGAAGACAGCAGUGGGGAGCCUUGCACAGAAUCCUUCUACAGACGUGGAGACUAUAUUGUCCCACUGGCACCCUCCAGAGCACUUCAUGGACCUGAUGGCCCGAGCCCAGCCCUGUUUGGGAAGUUGCAGUUCACUGUGAAGUAGGAUUCUGCCUGCCCCAGCAUAGGUUCAUGAUGGGACUGUUGGAGCCAGUGUCCCCAGGACACCUCCUACCCUGACCCCUACUCCACAGAAGUGGCGCCCAGCCAAAGACCACAGCCAGCACUGUCUAGGCCCCCAGGGUACUCUGGACACACUCAUUUGCCACUAGGUGGCCACCAGUUCCCCUUGGCCACGCCUAGGGACUUGACCCACAUCCUGAACCACUGACCAUGGCCAGUCUUUUUUUAUGCACACAGGAAAGCGUUUUAUAUGAACUUUCUCAUAGUUUAUAGAUAUUUUUUAGAAAUCUGAAUAUCGAGGAGAAUGAAGUGGGGACAAUGGCUCCCCCCAGCAGCAGCCGCAUGAUGGCUGGGUCUGAAAUCCCAGAUGGACCCUGCCUGAUGUCCUUGCAGCUGCACGUGGGGGACAGCGUGCCCAUCGUCUUUCUCUUCCAUGGUUUUUACAAGUGGUCUUCCAAGGUCUGUCCUGCGCUUCACACUCCCAAGACUGCCUUGACCUUAAUCUCGUUAAGGCCUUCUUGACAUCAGCCAGUUCCCUGUGUGCCCAGUUCUUUUCCCUGCCCCGCCAUGGCUGUCUUCAACCUGGCAGAGGAGGAAGGCAGGUACCUGAUCCCUGAGCCCAGCUCUCAUCUGUUGCUGGAGUCACCCCACAGAGCCCACCUCAUUGUCUCUGGGAGACCCUGCAGAGAUCACACAUUUCCUCAUUUCUCAGAACAAACCAGUGAAUUGGAAAAUCAUACCCAUUUUUAAACCAGGAUCACUCAGUACUGGAGUUGUGAAUCAAACCCAUGUGACUCCAAAGGCUGUGUUUUGGGUUGGAGGGUGCUUUGUUUGAUACAGCACCCCUGCUCACUUCCCCCUGUGGUAGCAAGGAAAUCCUUUAAAAUCAUGACUCCUCCUGAAGGCGGUGGUAAUGCACUCCUUUAGUCCUAGCACCCGAGAGACAGAGGCAGGAGGAAAUCUGUGAGUUCAAGGCCAGCCCGGUCUACAGAGCGAGUUACAGGACAGGCUCCAAAGCUACACAGAGAAAAACCCUGUCUCAAAAAAAUAAAAAUCAUGAUUCAUGAUCUGGCCAAACAUAGCUGGUGCCAAUGGCUCUGCCAGGUUCCUUAUCUUGGGGGGUAUGAGCCCGACAGAAACGGAGAGUACCUGGGCACUUCACGGUGCCUCUGCCUCCUCGUAGGCAUGAUGAGUAUGUGCCACCCAGCCUCAGAAGGGGCCAAGUGGACUCCACACUGAGCAGUUCCGGUCCUAUGUAAAGGACUGACUGCUGGGGCUUCCUGAGUCUUCAAUGAUACCUCUGCAUACCCCCAGCUGCCAUCUUGUCACCCCCUGUCCCAUCCCCGGUACGUCCUGUAAUAAAAUUAGAGCGUCUAAGGAAA